AUGAACGUGGAUGUUCUCAGUUGGAACUGCAGAGGCAUCUGCAAUACGACAACAACCAGAGCCUUACGUGAUCUGAUUGCACAAAACAGGCCUCAGAUCGUGUUUUUGUGUGAAACAAAGAUAAGUCUAUUGUUAGACUUUGAAAAGCUUCAUCGAGAGUUAGGGUUUGCUCAUUCCAAAGAGGUUUUGAGUGAAGGCCAAGCAGGGGGAUUGGGGAUGUUCUGGACGGAAGACUUGAAUGUCCAGAUCCGGACAGUUUCGUCUCAUCAUAUCGACAUGGAGGUCAGUGCAGGGCCAGGGGAACCGCGCUGGAGGCUUACUGGGUUUUAUGGCUAUGCGCGGACUUGUGAACGUGAUUUAUCUUGGCAACUCCUUAGGGAUUUGUGUGAUCUGGAUUCUCUCCCGUGGGUGAUCAUCGGGGACUUCAACGAAAUCUUGAACAAUGGAGAAAAGGUUAGUGGCCCUAUUCGUCCGGAGCGUCAGAUGAGAGGUUUUAGAGAGGCUUUGGGGUAUGGCGAACUGGUUGAUCUAGGCUUCCAAGGGAAUCAGACAACCUGGUGGAAUUCUGAAACACAACUGAGACUGGACAGAGCUGUCGCUACUACUUCUUGGAGUGAUAUUUUCGGUUUCUCUAGGGUGCGACACUUAGCUCCGAGCGACUCGGACCAUAUUCCUAUCCUGUUACAAGCUAGCAUUGUUCCACUUCCGUUGAGACCUAGAAGGCAUCGUUUCAAAUUUGAAUCUUUCUGGUUACAGCAUGAAGAGUGUGAUCCUCUGGUGAUCUCUAAAUGGCAGACUACUUUUGAAGGGGUACCCAUGUAUGCCUUAACGAGGAAGAUUAUGUGUACUAGGCUUGCUCUGGAGAAGUGGCAGCGUAAUACUUUUAAGUGGAGACAGCAGCAGAUGUUAGAAGUGAGAGGCAAAUUAGAAAGUCUAAUGGGGGCAACUGUUUCUGACGCGGUCAAUGAAGAGAAGUCCUCACUGAUGACUUCUUUGCAAGGUCUUCUAGCACAGGAAGAAGCCUUUUGGAAGCAAAGGGCUAAGAUAACUUGGUUGCAGGAAGGGGAUCGCAACUCGGGUUUCUUUCAUAGGAGGGCGGCCAAUAGGAAACGGAAAAACUCCAUACUUGGCUUGUUUGAUGCUAAUGGCGUAUGGCAGGAGGAUGAUAGUGGAGUGGAGGGGGUUGUUACCUCUUAUUUCUCCAAUAUGUUUACUGCGACUCCUCUAGAUAGUGAAGCAAUUGAACUUACAUUGGCAGCCCUUCAACCUUGUGUUACUCCAGAGAUGAACCAGAAACUCUGUGAGUUGUAUACGGAGGAGGAGGUAAGAAUUGCUCUCUUUCAGAUGUAUCCGACUAAGUCGCCGGGCCCUGAUGGGAUGCCCCCUCUUUUCUUUCAGCAUUAUUGGGAAUCAAUUGGUAAAGAUGUUACUAUGGCUGUUCAAAGUUUCCUGCACACGGGGUCUAUGUUGAAACAGAUAAACUUUACCCAUAUAUGCUUAAUCCCUAAGGUGCAGCAGCCUGAAACGAUGAGUGAUCUGCGACCUAUUGCCCUCUGCAAUGUUAUUUACAAACUAUGUUCGAAGGUCAUAGCCAAUAGGUUGAAAGUUUUCUUGCCUGACAUUAUCUCUCGUUUUCAGAGUGCAUUUGUCCCUGGCAGGUUAAUCACAGAUAACACUUUGGUAGCCAAUGAAGUUGCUCACUAUGUUCAUAAUAAGAGAGAGGGCCCCGAUGGCUAUAUGGCUCUCAAGUUGGAUCUUAGUAAGGCUUAUGACAAAAUGGAAUGGUCGUUUUUACGCAAAGUUUUGGUCCGUUUUGGUUUUGCUCAAGGUUGGAUCGAUGUUGUAAUGCAGUGUGUGUGUUCGGUCCGAUAUUCUUUCCUAGUUCGAGGUAAGCCUAGAGGGUAUGUUAUUCCAUCCCGUGGAUUGAGACAGGGGGAUCCAUUAUCACCAUAUUUGUUCCUGCUUGGGGCUGAAGGUUUCUCGGCUUUGCUUCAACAGAAACAGCGACUUGGGCUACUACCUGGUAUUGCAAUAUGUCCAGGUGCCCCUCAUGUUAAUCACCUACUGUUUGCGGAUGAUAGUAUGCUUUAUGCCCAGGCCUCUUCUGCCGCGUGUUUUCAGAUAAAAGAUGUGAUUGAGACUUAUGGUAGAGCAUCUGGGCAGGUUGUGAAUUUUCAUAAGAGCUCCGUGGUGUUUAGCAAGAAUGUGGGUGUUUCUGACCAAGAAACAGUGGCGAAUUUAUUAGGAGUGGAGAUAGUGGAGUCUCAUGAGCGUUAUCUGGGUCUGCCAACAUAUGUGGGUCGGAAGAAAACUGCUACUUUUGAGUAUAUCAAGGAGCGACUUGCAGAGAAAAUGAAGCAUUGGCAAGGCAAGCUGCUUAGUGGAGCAGUUCAUGCUUCUCCUUCCUAUUCGUGGUGGAGCAUUUUUGCCACGAGGGAUUUUAUUCAGUCAGGUUCUCUUUGGCAGAUUGGUGAUGGUCACAAGGUUUCAGUCUGGAAUGAUGCAUGGAUUCCUAAUCUUCCUACUUUUAGACCACAAGGCAUAUUAUGGCGAGCUGAAUGUCCCACUUUAGUGAAGGAGCUUAUUACUACUCCAAACUCUUGGAAUGAAAAUAAGAUCUGGACUGUCUUUCUUCCUGAGGAUGCUGAGGCUAUUCUUUCAAUCCCUUUGAGUAGUCGAAACCAUGAGGAUAGGUUAACAUGGCAAUUGGAAAAGCAAGGUAUGUUCACGGUUAAAUCUGCUUAUCGUUCUGCCUUUACCAGGACAUCUUCACAGUUAUCUCCUGCGGUGGUGGCUAAUCAACGGGUUUGGAAAAAGAUUUGGCAUGCCAAAAUGCCAAGCUCAGCUAAAGUGACCGCAUGGAAGAUUUGUCAUAACAUUUUGCCUACAAUGGACCGCCUAGCUGCUAAAAAUGUGGUAUUGGAUUCUCAGGUGUGUGUUUUGUGUAAUUCUGAACCAGAAACGAUUAUCCAUUUAUGUCGUAAUUGUCCUUUCUCUAGGGCGGUGCUUAGAACUAAUGAUGGCAUAAGGAGGUGUUGUUUAGAGGUUACUUCGGAUCAAAUGGAAGCGUUGGACUGGAUACAUUUUUGCUCUGAGAAGCUUACAAGUAAUGUAUUUGCUCAACUUCUAUUUUUUCUAUGGGGUAUCUGGAAAGAAAGAAACGCUCGUGUCUGGGAGAAGAGAGUAGCUUCGGCCAUAGAUGUUGCAAUCCUCUGUUCUACGCGACUGAGUAGUUAUGUUUUCCAUAAUUCCAAACUGCAGAGUGGUACUCAUAUAAGGAGAGUUCUUCGUUGGCAACCUCCUCCCCCAAGUUGGUUGAAAUUGAACUUUGAUGGGGCUUUUCAUACUGGGAAAGCAGCUGUGGGAUUCCUAAUCCGUGAUUCUGAAGGCAGCUUCAUCCAAGCAGCUGGUAUGAUCGUUACUCAUGUGCAAUCUGCGGAGCAUGUUGAACUAUUAGCUUGUAAGGCAGCAGUGGAUUUUGUUUUGGAAAACAAUAUGCAGCCCAUUAUUUUUGAAACAGAUUGUUUGGUCCUGCAGCAGAAUCUGUCUCGAAGGGAUCGGAACACUUCUUUACUAGGAAGAGUGUAUGAUGAUAUUGCUGACGACAUGGAACUUAUUCCGUGUUCAAGGAUCCUUCAUGUACGAAGGGAGGCUAACGUUGCAGCACACCUUUUGGCUGCUCAUGCUUCUGCUACUGAACAAGAUUUCUUGCUUUCUUCUAUUCCUCCUUUUCUUCACAAUGUAAUUGCUGCUGAGCAGCUUGUACACUGA